AUGUCAACCAAUGUGUCCUCGUCCUACGACCGCAAGAUAUACAAUGACACGCUCUGGAAGCGCCACGGAGCCCCAUCAUCGCUGGAUGACUACCUCUUCAAAGCCCAGAUCAUGGAUUACGAAGCCACACGGGCACAGUUUGAAGCCGUCUCGUCCUUCUGGAAUACCGAAUGGCCGGCUACAGGGUUGAUCUAUUGGAGGUUGAACAACGCCUUGCCGAGCUUGCAUUGGAACUUGUUCGACUACUCCCUACACCCUGCAGGUACUUACUACGGCGCCAAGGUUGGGGCCAGAAAGGAACACCUUGCUUACGACUAUCUCAAGAAGGGAGUCUAUCUGAUCAACCACACCAUUGACCAAAACGGGUCGCGAAAGGCCGUCACGACGGAACCAAACACAAACAAGCACAUCAUCGACCUUUCCAAGCCGCUGAAGUCAAUCAACGAAGUCACAUUCCUCCGACUGACCCUCCAGGACGGGAAGCAAGCCACUCUAAGCCGCAACGUCUACUGGCUCGCCAAGACAAUCGACACGCUCGACUGGGACAGCUCGGGUUGGUUCUACACCCCCGUUACUGAGUACGCCGACUUUACAUCCCUGAACAAGCUGCAGACGGCCAACAUAUCAGUCUCGUGCGGGACGUCCAAGGGCGGUUUCAACCUGGUCACCUCGGAGGGCGCGGAUGUGCCGCCUGUGAUGUGGUCGGACAACUAUGUCACGCUGUGGCCGCAUGAGAAGCUGGAGGUGCAUCUUGAAGGAAUGGGAGAUGCAGCCGUGGAGAUCAGCGGGAAGAACAUCGGGAAGACUGUGUUUCCGUUACAAUAA